AUGUCUCACACGUACGCCAACGAUAAUAUGUACCCACCGGGUCCUGUCCAGCGACCCUUCCCUUCCCGCGAUAACCGAGACGGCCGCAUGUACGACGACCGUUCUCGAUCCCGAUCACGCUCGCCUGGCGAAGACCGCCAGCGCCCCGCAGCAGACAGACAACACGAAUACUCCAGGGAUCGCGACUCAAGAAACCGUCGAGACCGAGACCGAGAUGACUACCGUCGCCGGCCAUCAUCGCGUUCGCCUCCUCCCCGGGGCGGGAGAUCGACAUACAGAGACCGCGAUUCGCCUCGGUACUACAGUCGCAGCAGGAGCUACAGCCGCAGUCGCAGUCGCAGCCCUCGACGGAGUCGCGGACCGUAUUAUGGCCAGGAAAGCAGAGAAGUCAUGAUGGACGGGUUACCGGUGGAGAUGGCAGAAGAAGACAUUUCGAGUGAACUCAAUGAAUUUUACCAUGUCGAGGGUUUGGAAGAGGUUCGGGUGAUUCGUGACCGACAGACGAAGGUUUCACGACGACUGGGAUUCCUUAGGUUCUGCGAUCUUGAUCAUUCGCGCGCAUUCUUGGAGCCCAACUUCCCUUCUAUCUAUUUUAAUGGACCGAAUCACAGUGGCGACGACCGCGGAACGAGAGUUCGCAUCGCAUAUAGCAGAGAAAGGGAAGAUCGGGCUCGCGCCAGGGCGGAGGGUGAUUGGACAUGUAGAAUGUGCGCAAUCGUGAACUACUCUACUCGUCAGAAAUGCUUCCGUUGUCAAGCUCCUAGGCCCGAAGCUGGUCCGGCCGGCCCACCCGGUAUAGCUGCUCCAAAGGUCGAGAAUCACGGUGAUAACGAUGUUGCUCCGGAUAACCAGCCCUCCCAGUUCCUAAUCUUCAGAGGACUGGAGUCUUCUGUUACAGAAGAGCUUCUGGCCAAAGGAGUUGCGAAGUUGUAUAAGCCAGCAUCUGGCGGCUCGGAUAACACGUCCAAGACUGAGAAAAAGGGAGCCAAGGUGGCUUCUACGACUGGAGAUUCUAACUUGGGAGCUCGGGAGGGUUCUAUCCGCCGUGUUUUGCUGGUGAGAGACCGCAAAACCAACGAAAGCUGGCGGUAUGGAUUUGCGGAAUUUGCUACAGUUCAGGAUGCACAAGCUGCCGUGACCCGGCUUAAUUCAUUUGAGAAAUUUACCAUCUCGUCCAGACCGGUCCUGGUCAGCUACAUCCACGCCGGCGUGUUUGUGCCAGUAAUGAAUCCUACGGCAGCCACAGAGCGAUUUACUUUUAGCCCUCUGUUGAACCCAUCAUUAAAGCUCAUGUAUUGGGAUGAAGAGGGUUACGUCACGGAACUCACGGUGUCGCCUGCAGAAGCAGAUCACGCUCAGGGACAACCCAAGAGCGAUGCAACGACUGCUCAGGACCAAGCAAAAAGCAGCAAAGAUCCCGAGAAGAGCAAAAAGAGAAAGGCAGACGCCAAUGCCAAUGCUGGUUCCAAGAAGGUUGUAGCGUCACAUUUGCAGUUCUGGAGUAAUCGACACGCAGAAUUGCACGGCAUUAAAAGGAAGAACCCCGACGAAAUAGCCCCUGGAGAAUCCGGCUCGGACGGUGGUUCUCCUUCCGAUGUAGCUCCGCCCUCGCAAUCCUAUGCAGACUUGAACCGCAACUGCUGCUAUCUAUGCAUGCGCCAGUUCAAAACCCCAGCAGAAGUCAACUGCCACGAACGCCUCAGUCAGCUCCACCGCACAAACCUCCAAAACGAAGACCUAGUAUCCAAAGCAACCAACAAACUCGUCAAACACGGCAUCGUCCCACCCACACCAGAAUACCGAGACCGCGCAAAAGAACGCCGCAAGGCAUUCGGCAGCACCAAGCCACCCACCACAACCACAAAGGCGAGACCCACCGCUCGUGCUCCACCCGGAGAGAAAGAAGAAGAACCCCCGGCCCAACAACCGUCCAAGGGCGCCUCACUGCUCAGUAAAAUGGGCUGGUCGGCUGGUUCUGGUCUUGGUGCUCAGGGGACGGGCAUGACGGCGCCGAUUGCGACGGAGAUUUAUGCGCAAGGGGUCGGGUUGGGUGCGCAGGGUAGUAAGAUUGGUGAUGCUGCUGAGGAGGCGGGGAGGAAUACGAGAAAUCGGUAUGAUGAGUUUUUGGAGAAGACAAGGCAAACGGCGAGGGAGAGGUAUGAGCGGUUGGAUAAGUAG